AGCUCAGCUUUCAAUUCCCCGAUUGAGUGACCGCUCUUCCAACUAUAUGACAGAAGAUGAAGACAGAAAACUCAUAUGUGAAAUAUGUUCCCUUUUAGGAAAAAGCCAUCCUGGAGAUUCUAAUCAGGACCUUGAGAGAGACCUUUCCGUCAUGUUGCGAGAGUUGUUGAUGAAAUUACGAGAGGACUGUAGCGACCGUUGGAGUAGGAUUUUGAAGGAAGAAGCACUUGUGAAAAAUGGUGCCGAUCUCUUCAUCCGAGUAAUGAAGCAUUACCCUAACCUCAGCGAACUAGCCGGAGAAUGCAUCUCAGCAAUCACCUCGGAAAAUGUCAUCUGCGGUUCUGGAGCUCCAACGACCAUUAGAUUUUCCGACACAAUUCAGUUCCACGUAGAAACAGCAGGUUACUACGGUGCUGGCCUCGGAUAUAAAGUUUGGCCGGCGGCGAUUGCUUUGUCUCGAGCUAUUCAUAACGGAGAUAUCGACCUAGGUGAACAUUCGAGAGUCAUCGAGAUAGGUUCGGGAGUUGGUCUUGUCGGAAUCGCGGCAGCAGCGUUUGGGAAGGCAUCUCAUGUUUGUUUCACAGACAUGAUGGAAGGCUUAUUGGAUAUCGCAAUGAGGAACGCCAAGAGGAACUUCCCUCAUGGGAGCUUCAGUGCUAAAGUAGUUGAUUGGCGAGAUCCCGAAGGUAUGCCAAAUGAUGCUGAUGUCAUGCUGGGAGCUGAUGUCAUAUACGAAGAAGCUCACGCUGAGUUGAUACUCGGCCUCCUACGGCACUUCCACGGGAACAGGGCUGUUCUCGCUCUGAUGACCCAACGCCCGGGUUACGGCAGUUUCACUUCGGAAUUGGGAAACCUGAAAGGUCUGCAGGUGCGCCAGAUCUCUGUUCCUACUAUUAUAGGAGAUUGCUCUAUACUGCAGCUCUCGCUGCGUGAUCAAGUUUAAAACUAUAACUAUAACUAUCACUAUUAUCAUCUUACCAAUGUGUCUCUGUUAUCUAGCAGAC